AUGAUCUGCGGGGGUUGUCGUCUAUUACUGAACACAGAUUGUUCCUUACAUUGCCACACUUGUGAUAUCAACUAUCACUAUGAAUGCCUAAAUAUAAACAAGGAGCAGUUUGUAACGCUUUCGAAAGAAUUUCGUUCCUCUUGGACCUGCCCUGCAUGUGUGAAUGUAACAAGACGUAUAAAAACUAACUUAAGCACACCUGUACGUCACAAUCAGGUACCAUCUACGGAACAGUCUAUGGACCUAUCAUGCGAAAUUGUGAACAAAAGUGAGGCGCACAUACCAUCAGAUUCGGACUCCAUCGAGAAAUUUAAUGAACUGCUUAAUACUAUCAAUUUGUGGCGUAACGACAUGAAUUCUAACAUAAUGAGUAUUAGAGACGAAAUUAAGAAUGAUAUGAACUCUAACUUUAUGAGUAUUAGGGAAGAAAUUAAAAAUACCUUAAGUGACAUCCAAUCUGAAAUUAAGUCUCUACGAGAGGAGCAAGCCACCCUGAGACAAAAUGUUUCUAAUAUAAACAUAGAAUUAUCGUCCCUUCAAAACUCCAUUCAAUUUCAAUCUGACGAACAUGGUACUUUGAAACAUAGAGUCGAUGAAAUCGCACGUGUUGCUGGUGAACAGACCACAUCAGCAACUGCAGGACUACAGUACAGAAUCGACUCCCUGGAACAACAAGCCAGACAGACAAAUGUUGAAAUCUGUAACGUACCGGAGCGUAGAAAUGAAAACCUUAUAGGUAUCAUCGAAGCCAUUGGAACAGCGAUCCGCUUCCCCAUUUCAAAGGCAGACAUUGUGUCGAUACAUCGGGUUCCUCACGCACACAGCACAAAUGAUAGACCUAAAAACAUCAUUGCUAAAUUCAGCACACGUAUACAGAGGGAUAAUAUAAUUGCAGCAUAUCGUAAAGCAAAAUCACUGAGAGAGAAAGACGACAGUCCAGUACUGGUCAUCCGAGGAGAAGACGACCUCAAAAAACUUCGAAUCACUAAAAAGAAGUGA